CAUCAUUUCCCCCUGUCACUUGGCUUGCAAUUUCAGUUUCUCGUGUCUCAUCACAACAGUUUAAAAAUUUAUAAUUGUACAUUGUGCAAAGAACUCGCAGCUAAAUACUUUAACAAAGAAGUCAUUUUACUCAAGUAUCAGUAUUUAUUUAAAUCAUUUACACUCAGUGUAACACUGGAAAAUGGCCAGCAAUGAAGAUGCAUUCCUUUUAGCAAUUAAAUCUGGAAGAGAAAAUAGAGUAAGGGAAUUGCUAAAUGCCAAUUUAAAGACAAACCUAAUCAGCAGGACUGCUCUUAACAAUGGCCUAAUACAAGCGACUAACAUGAAUAAAAUUGAAUGUGUAAGAAUUUGUAUUGAGUACAAAGCUGAUGUGAAUCACCGUGAUGUAACAGGCAUGACAGCUGCCAUGUAUGCUGCUGACAAAGGUUAUUUUAACUGCCUCCAAAUUCUGUGUGAGGCUGGUGCCAAUAUGAGCUGCACUGAUACAUACGGCACCAAUGCUUUGAUGUUGUCUGCCCAAUGGGGCAACAGUUCUGAGUGUUUUCAGUACUUGAUAAACAAAACUCUACAAGAUUUAAACAAGAGGGAUAACACAGGAAAUACAGCUUUACAUUAUGCUUGUAAACAUGAUUAUGGUGAGGGUGUAAAAAGGCUAGUCGACUUGAAUUAUGCUGUUGAUCUUAAUGCUGUUGAAUCUGAAAUGGGGUAUUCUCCUCUCAUGCAUGCCAUCAAAAGAGGGUUUUAUGCCCUGGCUAGGAUAUUGCUGAACAAGAAUGUUGACUUGAACAUUGUGGGUAAUGAUGAAAAGACUGCUUUAACUUUGGCUUUAGAACAAAGCAUAAAGGAUUAUGAUCUUAUUGAACAGAUUCUUACAUCCUCUUCCAACUUGGAGAUAAAAAAUGAUUCUGUAUUUUUGCAUAUUAUGGUUGCACAAAAUAAAAAUAAAAUUGUGCGCAGAAUGUUAAUCAACAAUGUUCUACCUAUUGACAGGCAAUGUGUGGAGCAGUCAUAUUUUCCAUUUGAUUUUUAUAGUUCAGAGAUUUCACCUCUGUGUGUUGCAUUAUUGUCAGAAUAUAAAGACAUUGCACUUUACUUUAUAUGUAAUAGAUUCUUCUCUUCAUAUGAUAUGCAUCAUUUACUGAAUGAUAAAGGACUUAAGUUGAAACUAGAGGCAAUGGAGAACAGCAAAGAACUCCUGGAUAUUCUUAAAUACCUUUCAGAUAGACCAGAGAUACUUACUGAAAAGGUGGAAGGAAGCCAACUCAAACACCUUUGUAUUAACAGCUGGCAUAAUAUUCCAUUAUCUCCUGAUUAUGAGAUAGAGCCAUGCGGUUGCAGUGAUUGUUUGGAUGGUGGCUAUAAAAUAAAGGAAUAAAGACUUCUUUUCUUUAGUGCAGUCAAUAAUAUAAAUCUAUUUACUGUUUAGUAAUUGAAUUCAAUAAAACUUAUUUUCAUUAUAAAAUUUGCUUAUUUAGGUAUUUUUCUUGGCUUUACUAGAUUUAUCCCAAAACAGAGAAGAGCUAGUUCUUUUAUAGUAAAGGGUUUGUGAUUGAUGUAUGAAAUAAAGGGUGUUAAUCAUUCAUGUAUCUGCUUAACUACAAUAUACAAACAAGCCUCAUUUGAAUUGAAAUAUGUAGAUUUUGCAGAUUGCAAUUAGACUCCAAUUUUUGUUAUUUGUAUUAGACACAAGAUGCUGUCACAUGUUAUUUGUAUUUGACCUUUCCAAACUUUAAAAAAAUAUUAGAAAAUGUUUAGAAAUCCAAACCAGAAAGUUUAGAAGUCUGUUUUCCCUUUUCAUGUUUCUGAAAGCUGAUUUCCAAAUAAUGUUCAACAGCUUUAUUUUAUUAAUUAGAUUUAGAAAAAAAAAUUUUGUUGAUGCAUGUAUUGUGAAAAGUUUACAAAAAUAUAUUUGUGUAAUUAUAUUUUCUUCUUCAUUCUUAAUUGCAAUAUUGGAUUUCCUCCAACUCUGUUGAGUAUUACAUUUCAACUUGUUACACGCCAUAUAGUAGUUGACUCAGUUAUUAUAUUAAAAUUGGAAACCAUUGUUAAGCGGCAGAACUAACCUUUGUCUCAAUUGGUUACUGGCUGUAAAAUGUCUUUAAGUCCUCCAGGCUUUAAUUAAAGAGUCUUAUAUGAACCUAUUUUUAAGCCUUGGAAACUAGCUGCGCCGGUGCUGACGACACAUCCUUUCCUAUGCUAAGGGCAAAGAACAUGAUAGCUCAUCAGCCCUCAAAGUGUAAGCUAUCAAGUCUGAAAGGGUAUUUUACAUAGUAUUAUUCUACAUUUUUUUCCUUUAAUACUCCAUGGUAUCAUAAGCUAUCCAAUAUUCAAAAACUAAAACUAUACAAUCUUCUGAUUGUUUUAUGUAGUUUUAAACAAGUGCUUCCUGUAUUUUAAAGAAUGUUCAUAUCACAAGGUGUAUGUCAUAUAACAAUUUAAUUGAAAUAAAAAGUGUAUAUACUAUACUCACUCUUGUUGAGUAUGUUUAUUUAAAGGUGACGUUAUUUACUCUAUGUUGUACAUUAAAGUUAGUUUUUCA